AUGGGUAUUGUUCCAGAAGACGAGAAUAUCGACCCGGCGUUGGGUUCGCCUGACCAAAGUGAUGAGAACUAUCCCGUCAACAUGUCCAAUGUCGACGAGGCUGCGCUUCUCCGCAAGAUUGAUAUGCGCGUAAUGCCAAUGUUAUUUGCUAUUUACUUUGUCGCAUUUUUGGAUCGAGUGAACAUAUCCAACGCGCUCACGAUGAGUAUGCCCACCGAACUAGAUUUGUACGGCGAUCGGGAAAACGUCGCCCUUCUAAUCUUCUACAUUCCGUACAUUAUUUUCGAAAUCCCCUCCAAUAUCAUAAUGAAGAAAGUCAAGCCUCAUUUCUGGCUCUCAGGUUGUAUCAUUUCCUUCGGUAUUGUGAUGCUCGGCCAGGCCUUUGUUAAAAGUUACGGUGGUUUGAUUGCGACGCGUUUCUUUCUCGGGUUUGCGGAAUGUGGUAUCUUUCCCGGCAGUUUCUAUCUCAUUAGCUUUUGGUACAAGCGUGCCGAAGCUCAGAAGCGUUUCACCAUGUAUUGGUCCUCGGUCAUCUUUGCUGGUGCUUUUGGGGGUCUACUUGCCUCAGCUAUUGCCAAAAUGGAUGGCUUGCGCGGUCUCGAGAAUUGGCGAUGGAUUUUCUUGCUCGAGGGCAUUGCAUCUAUCCUGGUCGGCAUUAUCGCCUUGUUCUUCUGUGCGGAUUUCCCCCAGCAAGCGUCCUGGUUGACCGAAAACGAAAAAGCCGCAGUUAUCGCAAGAACUCGCAACCAAGAGGAUGACGAUGUUGCGAUUACAAAGUCCGAUGUGUUUGAGUUCGCUCAAGACAUUAAAUUGUACCUGGCUGCGAUCAUGUACUUCUGUAUUGUGGUUCCCAUCUACGCUUUUUCCUACUUUGCCCCGACCAUCAUCAAAGCUUUGGGAUAUGGAACCAUCGAGACUCAAUUGCACAGCGUGCCACCCUUUGCUGCUGCGCUCGGGCUCUGCAUAGUGACGGCCUACUUCUCGGACCGAUUGGGCCUCCGCAUGCCAUUUAUUCUCCUUGGUGACCUGCUGAUCAUUAUUGGUCUAGCUAUCAUGCUGACGAUGCAUGGUAAAGAUAACUUUUCCCCCGAGUAUCUUGGCAUCUGCUUUAUCACCAUGGGCGCAUUCAGCUCCGGUGCCGUGGUCAUUUGCUGGGUUUUGAUGAACAUGCACGGCCAUAAGCAGCGGAGCUUUGGGUCCGGCUUCGUGAUUGGAGUUGGGAAUGCAGGUGGUAUUGUCGCUGUGUUCUGCUUUACUAAAGACGACGCGCCCUUGUAUAAGCGCGGAUACUGGAUUCUGAUGGCUGUGACACUCGCCGGUACUGUGACAACAGUGGUAUACGGACUGGUGGCUGCGCGUGAGCGCCGUCGUCAGAUUCAAACUGAGGGCAAGACAGACAAAGAAAAGGUUCUCUCUUUGUAA